AUGGCCCAGGAGCACCAAGAGCAUCUACCUCGGAGCAGUCUCAACCAUGUGGGACCUCUAUCAACUUAUUAUGAAAAGUCAGCAACAUAUCAUAAGGAGGAGCAGGCAGCAGGUUGUGUGAGGAACAUCGCAGAGCAUUCCUUCCUUACAAGGGAAGGCGGAAAUGAGGGGCCAGUGGAUGGUCGUUCAGCAGCUGUGCUGGCAAGACUGCUGAGGCCUCUUGUGGGUGCUGCUGCGGCUGAAGGCUGGGCUGCUCUGGCGGAUGGCUGUGCUCCUGUGGCUGAUGGCUGUGCUGAGUCCCAUGCUCCUGAGAUCGUGACCCACUGGGCUACACCGAUGAGGCCUGUGGUGUGUGCUGCUGAGUGUGACGGCUGCGCUGAUGUGCUGAUGGUUGUGCUCCUGCCUGUGGUGGGUGCUGCUGUACCUGAUGGCUGUACUGCUGUGACUAACGGCUGUGCUCCUGUGGCUGAUGGCUGUGCUGCUGUGACUGACGGCUGUGCUCCUGUGGCUGAUGGCUGUGCUGCUGUGGCUGACGGCUGUGCUCCUGUGGCUGAUGGCUGUGCUGCAUCCCACGCUUCUGGGAGCUUAAAGCAGAGGGCUAUACCGAUGAGGCAUGUUGUGGGUGCUGCUGUACCUGAUGGCUGUACUGCUGUGACUAACGGCUGUGCUCCUGUGGCUGAUGGCUGUGCUGCUGUGACUGACGGCUGUGCUCCUGUGGCUGAUGGCUGUGCUGCAUCCCACGCGUCUGGGAGCUUAAAGCAGAGGGCUAUACCGAUGAGGCAUGUUGUGGGUGCUGCUGGGGCUGAUGGCGCUCCUGUGGCUGACGGCUCCCUGGGCACACAUCUGCCUGCCUCCCCUCCCUGUGCUCGUGCUAGUGCAAGUAACCAUGCCUCAUGGGUUCAAAAGGAAGAGAAGUCUGAGGAGGUGUAUGCUAUGGGUGCAGCUUGGGGUGAGCCUACUCUCUCCGCCUACAACGGCAUCUGUGCCCGUGCAUCCACCUCUGCCCCUGACUGCACAUGUGCGCAUAGAGAGGGUGAAGCGCCUGCGGAGCCAUGUGUCUUGAGAAGUCGUGUGCCGCCCACCAUCGUGGAGCCGCCCACCCUCGUUCUGCCGCCCACCAUCAUUGAGCCGCCCACCAUCAUUGAGCCGCCCACCACCUUUGUGCAAUCAGCCGCACAGCCCUGCGAGGACCAGCAGCACUGA